AUGAGCAAAAAGUUGACAAGUGAGAUUUGCAGAUUUUACCCUAACUGCAAAAAUGGAGAGAAAUGCCCCUAUACUCAUCCAACAGGAACUCAAGCCAAUCAAACCUCUAGUUUAUUCGGUUAAGGUAGUUCAUUAUUUGGUAAGAAUGAUGAACUAGACGAUUAAUUUUUAGGAAACAAGAAAGAAAUUGAGUGCACCUUUUACAAAAAGAAUCUUUGCAAUAAAGGAGAUGCAUGUGAUGGAGACAAACUUUAGAGUAGUUCAAUAUUUGGUUAGACUCAAACAAAUCUAUUUGGAAGUAGUGCUAUUAACAUUAGCCCUUUUGGCUAGCCUUCUGGAUUCAACAACUCAUCAUCUACUGGAAGCAUAUUUGGCUAAAGCUAAUCUUUAUUCGGGGCCAAACCAUUUGGCUAAACUCAAUAAGCACCAGCUAUUUCAACUCCAACUCUAUUUGGUAAUCAACCAUCUGUAUUUGCUGGUCAAACCUCCUUAUCAUAAACAUCAACAUUCGGCACAAUAAAUAAUACUUCUUCUAUAUUUUCAGUCGGGACAAAACCAAGUUUCCUGAACACAAUAGUAAAGGUGGAAACUAUCGAGGCAGAUGAUUAAGAUCAACCUCAAGCAAACUCCUAGUAGGCUACUCAAGGAGUCUCUGAAUAAUAAGAACAGAAAUAGCCAGUUAAUCCUUAAUAAAACUCUGCAUUAUCAAAAGAGGAAUAAAGAAAAAAGGCUUUAUAGGCAGCAUUAACCCUCAAAAAUUAAUAGCAACAACAAUAAUAACAAAUAGCUUAAAUUUAGUAAAAAGAGUAAGAAAUUUAGAAAGAAGUAGUUUAGGAAUCGAAACCUCAGAUAAAGGAUUUUAAUGCCUCUACAAUAAUAGAAGAGCAUAAGCCAGUAGCUCAAUUACAACCCCAGCCAAUAAAUGUAAACUCAAUGGAUGCUAAUUAGCUCAAAUAACUGUAAUAACAAAUUCUUCAGGGUAAAUAAUAAUAAAAAAUGAAAGGUAAAUAGCUCCAACAAAAGCCAUAAUAAUAGUAGUAAAACUCUUAAAGAAAAGUAGAGUAGAUUAACCCAAACACAGUAACUCCAGUUAAUUAAGCUAUACAGAAUCAAUAAACUUAGCCACCUUAAUAAUUACAGCCAAAAUUACUAGAUAUCUAAAAACUUCAACAGGAAAAACUAGCUAAGUAAGAGCAAUUAAAGAAAGCAGCUUUAGAGUAAAGGAACAUCUUACUAGCUUAAAAGUAACAAUAAGAAUAAGUUGAGCAACAGAAAUUAGCAGAAUAGCAAAGAUAAGUUGAAUUACAAAAAUAAGCAGAAUCUAAGCAAGUAACAAUAAUAAGAUAAGUCAUCAUUUCUUCUAAUGAGGAGCAAUAACAGCAAAUUCCUUCAACAAUUUUUGCCAAUUAAGUUUAAAAUCAUGUUAAUCAGGAGCCUAAAUAAGUAGAAGAAGAGAAAGUACUUGCUAUAGAAAAAAAUGACACAGAAAUGAAAGAUAUCGAUAAGGUUGACACAGACAAUAAUGAGGUAUAGUUAGGGAAAAGAAAGUCUUCUGAGAGAGUUGAAAAUAAUGAGGUGGAAGAAGAGUAAGGAUCUAGAAAGAGAUUCAAGUCAGAUGAAAUAUCUGCAAGUUAGAGCGAGGAAAAAGAAGUCACAGCAGAAAAGGCUGAUUAGGAAAUGGAAAUGAAGGAGUCAGGUACUUCUGAAUAAAACAACGUUCAGUAGCUAUAAGGACAAGGCCAAGUUCAAGCAGAUAAUAAAGAGGAAGAAAAAAUGCAAAUUGAAUAGUAGUCACCCAUCAAGCCAUUAAUCUAAACUAAUCCAAUUGCUGAAAAGUCCAUGAUAUAAAUGAAACCUAUUUUUGGAUCUCAAACAACUUUAUAAAAAUUAAGUAAUCCAGAAAAUGAAAAUAAGGACAAACCACUUUUAGUCUAGUUCAAUGACUAUUUAAAAGAGAACCAAUCCUCUAUAAAAUACGAUAGAAAGUAAUUCAUUAAAAGCUACAGUAUUUUCAGAAAACAAGGUAUUGCAACAGAUAAUGACUAUGAAGAGAUAGACUUUGAAGCUCUUGUUAAAGAAUAGAAUAAACCAACUAUUACUUUCAAAGAUAUUCAGAAAGUUUAUUCAACUAUCAUUGAAAAGUAAUAGCUGCCCUCGAAUGAUUAGAUAUCAGAAGAUAAACAAAUGGAGGAAUCUAAAGUAGAGGUUCAGGAAAAAAAUAACUUGCAAACUGAGGAAGCUCCUCCUCAAUAAAACGUAGAUAGCAUACAAUAGGAAUAAAAAAGAGCCUCUGAAGAAGAAGAGAAAUAACAUCAACUAGUACCUUAAAAUCCACCAUCACUAAAUGAUUAAAAUUUAACUUAGCAUUAAUAGGAAUAAAAAUAAGAAUCCAUAGAAAAACCUCAAUAAUAACAACAAUAACAAGCACCAUAACAACCUGUUGCUCAGGCAAAGCGAAAAGUUACCUAAGAAUAGAUUAUGAAGGAAAUCGAGGAUUUCAAUUAGCUUAUGGAUAAAGUAUAAAAGAGAUUUAACUUAAGACUUCCAUAGUUAGAUGAAGAGUAAGAAAGAGAGCAUGAGCGAUAUGUAUCAUUCUCAACCAGAGUGGAAAGCCUAGUAGAGUUCUUUGAACUUCAAACUGAAAAAAUCGCUGAGAGACUGCGAUUAAGAUAGAAUCAAGCUUGA